UGUUGAAUAAGAGACUAAGGAGACUCACACCAAAUCGGAUAGGAAGUCAUUUUUCCAAUUAAUAAUGUUAUAAUUGUAUGCUAGGAAGGGUUGAUUAAGAAAUCCUAGUUGGCCUGCAUUCUUUUACCUUAUCUAUAGUUGCGCUGCUCGUUGGCAAUCAUCAUCAGUCCGUGGUUUGCGAUAACGUCCGCCACCGAUAAGAGAUUUAUGUUGACACAGAUGGCAGAUGUGACUGUCUUGUUACAUUCAUUGGCGAGUUCAUUGGUAAGUUAAGAAAUAUAACGAUUUGAAGGGAUAUUAGCAAAUGUUAAAUGUACGUUUGAUCUUGCUGCUGUUGGGAUCAGUGUGGGUCUCAGCAGAAAUAUUAUUUGAAUCCCGAAUAAAUGGUGGUUCUAAUGCAAAACCUGGGGAUUAUCCAUUUGUGGCACAGAUACUAGUCAAUGGCCAACAUUGGUGUGGUGGAUUCAUAUACAACAGUGAAUGGAUCGUAACGACAGCCGCCUGUGUCAUUGGAUACCGCCACCAACCGGCCGCCCUACUUGUUGUUGUUGGACAAAUUGAUCCCGAUGCUACAGAUCCGUCGGAACAAAGCAUUUCGGUUUCUGCCGUACACAUUCACAAUGAUUAUGACCAAUAUACUCGUUAUAAUGACAUUGCCAUGUUACAGCUGUCAAAAGACGCAAUAUUAGGUAAUUAUGUGAAUGCUGUUACCUAUGGAAAUCUUGACUCAAGUAUAAAUGAGGCGAUUGGCAUUGGCUGGGUUGAUGGAUCGACAGGCGAACUAGGAAAUCUUAAACAGACAACUGUUCCGAUUCGAUCAAACGAUUCAUGCUCCGUGGUUUACGAUCUGCAGUGGGAUCCCGACCGUAUGAUCUGCGCAGGGAAUGUGACCAACGAUGCUUGCAAUCAAGGGGACGCUGGGACACCGUUGGUACAAGGGACGAGUUUAGAAGGCUAUCGUGUCGUCGGACUAGUGUCACAUACUAUUCGGUGUGGUGACCCACUUUAUCCAACUGCUUACACUCGACUGUUGACAUAUUCCACAUGGAUGGAAGACAAAGGAGGAUCUCAACUCAUCACAACAUCAGAUCCGAUACCAGAGGGUACUACAACCGAAUCUGUCCCUAUUACUACAACCGAAUCUGUCCCUAUUACUACAACCCAAUCUGUUACUAUUACUACAACCCAAUCUGUUCCACCGGAUGUCCACCAGUGUACUCCAGCCAGCAAUGUCGGCCAAUUUCCAUUCAUCGUUUCUAUUUUGAGCAGUACCACGUUAGAUCACCUUUGCGCUGGUUUCAUCUACAAUGACAAAUUUGUCGUCACAACAGCUUCGUGUGUCAUUCGGAAAACUGGAGCGAUGCUUAACGUCACUGUUGGACAAUUCCGAUUCGAUAGACCAGAAACAGCCGAAAAAACAUAUCCUGUCACUGCUGUCACGCUUCACCCACAAUACCGAGAAUCAAAUCAAACUAAUAACAUAGCCAUUGUCGAGAUAUCAGGAAGUUUGACAUUCGGAGAAGCUGUUCAGCACAUUUACUACGAUUCAGUUAGUUAUGGUAAUCCGUGCUCCGUGACUGGAUGGGCUUCAAAUGUGGAAAAUUGUGUACGAUCCUUAAGUCUUUUAUGGGAUGAUAGCGAAAUCAUCCAAUCCAACGCGGACUGUUCUCAGUCGCAGAUAUCAACCUUCGAUGCACCCACCAUGCUUUGCACCGCAAAGGUUAGUGGGAGUUGUGAAUUCGAGAGUGGAGCUCCGUUAAUUCAGGGAAAUCCUCCUGUUGUCGUGGGAAUCAAAUCUCUUUUUCAGGGAUGUUCCGCAUCGUCGCACGACGUUGUCUACACUCGCAUUUCCUAUUAUUUCAACUGGAUUUUCAGUGUAGCAGGAUAUCAGCCCUACUAGUCUCUUAUUGCGUAACAGCGGAAUUUUGAAAUUUAAAUCCGCGGUUCAUUUUUUGCACGCGUAUAUUUUAGUGUGUUUGCACCACGAAUUCAUAUGUACCGUGCGAUGCCGAAAUUUUUCUGAAACUGCAUUAUACCAUUAACUUUCAAUGGAUUCAAAUUAGUAGAAUUGAUUUGAAUAA